AUGAAGACGAGCACGACAGCAUGGACAGCCGCUAUUGUGGUGAUGUCUGUGCAAGGGCCGUUUGCUGCCGCGGAGGCUGCGCCCGCCCAAAACCUUCAACAGGAGGCAGAACCGGAGCGACCAAAGUACUACUUUCCCCGGCACGUCAAAAGGGCUUACCCCAACGUGACUUCCUCAUCCAAGACCACUCUAUCAAGUCUCUUGGCGGCAUUGACAGACAAUGACCCCAACACGAACCUUUUCAACCCCCGGCCUUCGACGGACAGCACCACGACGGAUGGCCAGACGGACGUGCUCUCCCAGUUGACAUCAUCAAUCACCGAACCCGCAAGCGUUCCGGCUGAUGCUUCAGGCACUACUCCGAAGCCCUCAAACUCGACAUCGACAGAACCUACCACGACAGGUGGCCUCCUGGAUCUCGGCUCUCUGUUCGGUCCAACAUCGAGCGACGAUGUCAAGACGAAAAUUAGCGAGCAGCCAAACACGACCGACGCCACAACGACUGAACCUGCAGGACAGCCCAGCGCAAACAACACCAUUACCACUGUCACCCUAGACGAGCCGGCUUACAGCCCAACUUCUACAACGGCUAACGGCGGCGGCCUGCUGGGCUCUGGAGGUCUGCUCGGACCGAUCCUGCAGCCCUCCCGAACGUCUAGCUCCAUCGUUCAGCCAACAUAUGUAUCGGAGGACUCUGCGCCUAACGGCACCGAGCUCGACCCACAGCCCGCUGCGAGUGGGUCUGGCGGCGCUCCCUACAAUGAGGUAUCACCGACCGCACCGGCGAGCACAGAAGCUGCUCUCAGCGGUCCGACAAAUACAUCGACUGGACCAGUCCUUGUAGGUCUGUCCACCGUCAUUGAUAAUGCUGCGCCGACGACGACUUCGGAGUCUGGCGGGCUCCUCGACCCUCUCCUGAGUGCCCUCAAGCCCGAGCCCACACCGACAAGCUCGACAUACGCGCAGGGUACUGGAUCAGAUGGCACGGCUCCAGUCAUUGUGCAGCCAACUGGUUCCAGCGUGCCGAACACGACGACGAAAGAUUCGCCUGGAUUGCUGGAUCCUCUCCUGAGUGGUCUCAAGUCUGAGCCCACACCGACAGGCUCGACGUACGCGCAGGGGACUGGAUCAGAGGGCACAGCUCCGGUCAUUGUGCAGCCAACUGGUUCCAGCGUGCCAAAUGCGACGACCACAGAUUCGCCUGGCUUGUUAGAUUCCCUACUUUCGCCAACGCCUACCGAUUCCAGCAUCGGCAGCGUUGUGUCGUCCAUGUCAUCGCAAGUCUCGAGCGUUUCCAGCACAGAUGCACUGUCUGGUCUUGCAUCCACGCUCAGCUCCCAACUUUCCAGCAUCGUUGCCACUAWUCCAGCGGUAUCCUCAUCCCUCUCCUCCGAGUUCUCUGGUAUCUUGUCUAGUGCCGCAUCGUCGCUUGUCUCGUCGAGCGCUUCAAACACCGCGACCAUCAUUGGAACCGGAAUUUCCACCGGUUCCUAUUCUUUGAGCACCUCGGGCGCAUCUGUCGUUCCCAUCCCCGUGGGUACGGUCUCUUCCACGAUCCCAUCAAACGCAACUGUGACUGCGUCUUCAGAAUCCACCGCUACUCCAACAUCUGGGCUGACCACUUAUGCAUCUGCGUCAACCAGCUCGAGCAGCCUAGUGAUGCCGAGUAUCUCAGUUCCAGGCAAUAGCUCUUCGACACUGACCGCAACUGGCCUGGUGCCCACUAUCACAUCAUCGACCUUGUCACUCCCUUCAUACGAGUCGUCUUCAUCCACGUCAACAGCGAGCAGCGUAUCGUCAACAAGCGAACCGAUCCCGACAUCGUCUUCCGCCAUUGCCACCACUUCUGCGCCAUCGACAACGUCCACCUCUCAGCCGCCCGCUUCUCUGGUGCCCACAGGAACCGACACGGCCACCACCAUGUCUAUUCCCAGCUCCAUAAUAUUCGCACCGACAAGCACGAGCACCGCGGCAACUUUGACGAGUGUAGAAUCGGGUAGUACUACGUCCAGCACGCACACUGGCAUGCCUUCUGCAAUGCCGCGACUUGUGCAGCCUCCCGGCGGAAUGCCCAAGUCACCCGCCAACACAACCUUGAUUCAGGUCGGAUUCAAUUAUGGCUUGAACUUUCCAUUUGUUGUCAGUACUGAUAACUCUGCGAGCCAAAUUUUUACGUACCUUCCAAAGGGUAUCGCAUACGCCCUUGGCAUCUCGAAUGACAAGGUUGUGAUGAACGCGCUCAUGCCUUACGACACGACCAAGUCCYUGAACUUCAUCACCACCUUGGCGCAGGCAUACAUCCCAAGCGAUAUGGUCAGCCAGCUGCAAUUAGAUCUGCACACCCAGAUGUCUAAGGCAUACAGCAACCCCGAUGAUGCCGUUCACACGUUGAUGUCCAUGAUCAACCCCACCAUUCCCAUCCUUCCCGGCGCCAACAUGGAUCAAGGCUACGGCACUCCUUCGGAGAACCCAGCUGCCACARCUCCAGGAUCUGGCGGAGACGGUGCGCCCAUUGGCGGUGACUCUGGCAGCUCGCAAGCGGUCAACGGUACAUCGGUCGGAAUCGGUCUCGGUGCUGUUGCCGGUGCCGCUGUCUACGCUGCAGCCAUGGUCUACGUCGCUCGUCGUUACCGCAAGAAGAGAGCAUCACACAAGCGUGCGAGUUCUGUGCAAGGCACCAGCGACAUGGCUCAAAGAUCUCCCGCAGCACUCUCAGGGGGCAUGGGCGGGUACUUUAUGUCUGGAGCCAAUGGCGCUCGCGGAGGACCUUCACGUCAAAGCAGCUACGGUAGUGRCGGAAGAGACAGCCGACAGAGCGAUGGCAGCAGCAACAACCGCAGUGUUCGGGAGCAGGGAAUCAGCGCGCCGAUAUCCCACGGAAACAGUCUGGGAUGGGACUGA